AUGACCCAUCCUUAUUCCGAAGGCUAUGAUGAACCAACCAAGAUUUUGCUUUCCAGCGAUAACCAUCUUGGUUAUCUCGAGAAUGACCCGCUUCGUCAUGACGAUAGCUUUCGCACUUUCGAGGAGCUUUUGUACAUUGCCCGGUCCAACUCCGUUGAUUUUAUUGUGCUCUCCGGAAACCUCUUUCACCACAGGCAGCCCUCCAACGCUACUUUGCAGCGAACAAUCAAGCUCUUGAGAGAGUAUUGCCUUUCUCUGGACAGAAGAUCUUCUUUGCAUGUUAUUUCUGACCCCCGCGCUGUCCAUUUCAAAGACCCCCGCAAUCCCGUCGCAAUACCAGUUUUUGUUCUGCACGGGGACCGAGAUAGUCCAGGCAAAGGUCAUGGUACCAAAGCUCUCAGCCCUCUUGAUGUCCUUGCUGAGUCCGGACUGAUCACUUACUUUGGAAAAACCGGGUCAGACAACCCCCUUGAAAUAUCUCCGAUUCUACUUGAGAAGGGUGGCAAUGCAAUUGCUCUUUACGGCCUCGGCCAUAUGCGAGGAGAAAAACUUCUGAAAGCCUCCCAAAAGGACAACGGCCUGUCGUGGAUGCGUCCGAAAAUAGAGAGAAAGAAUGGUCAAAUUGACUUGCUAGCUUACCCGCACAGAAGUCCCGCCAUGGAACACAAUCCAGAUAGCCGUAUCGAUGACAACUGGUUUAACAUUUUUGCUUUCCAUCAGAAUCGCGAUAUGGAGCAUCCCUCGACACAAGCAGUCCAUCAUAUUGCUGACGGUCCCAGAGGUGUUUCAGAGUCUUUUCUCCCAGAUUGGAUGGACUGCGUUGUUUGGGGACACGAAAACGGAAGGCCUCUGGAAUGCACUUCAUCAAAGAUUUACCUAGUGCAACCGGGCUCCACAGUGGCCACAUCCUUGUCUGAAGCGCAGGCAAAACCGAAGCACGUGGUCCUCAUGGAGGUUGGCCUAGAGCACACCUACCCUCAAGAAAUUGAGCUGCAUACCGUACGAGACAUGCAUUUUGAACGCAUUCCGUCUCCGUCGUCGUCGGAAGCGUACUCGGUUUUUAUGGACCAGAAGCUGGACGAAGUGAUUAGACGCCGGGAAGUUCAACAUCAGAAAAAAAUGCGCAACUUUAAGAAAGUCUUGGCUCAGCAGUCUGUCAAGAACAUAGUCUACCCAUCGGAAAAGUUUUACGAAAUGGCCCUAUAUGGACUAGGACAACGCCCUCUCGUGCGAAUCAUCUUUGAGAAAACUGACGGACGAGAGCCCCGAAGCUCCGGACAAAUGCGACGCAAAUAUGCUCCGCGCGUGGCUGCCAUGCAUGAAUUAUUUUCUGUUGAAAGAACCCAUAGCGAUUCCGAAGCAGGAAUGGGCGUGCAAGCUCGCGACGUAUCUCUUGCUCAAGGAGAAAGUAUGCGUCUAAUGCAAAACCUCUCCAACUAUUUCACGUUUCAUAGUGCAGUGGGGGGUGAAGGUUUGUCUUGUUUGAGAGCAGAUCAGGUUAAUAAUACCAUGGAUGAGGCACUCAAAGGAGGAAAGCAAGUUAAGCUCUGGGAAGAUGUCAAGGAGCAAAUAGCGAAUAUCGAGGUAACAGUUGCGGAUGAGAAAUUGAAUGCCUUGGCCUUAGGUGAGAGGAUUGAUAAGAAUGAAUUACGGGAGAGUCUUCGGAAGAAAUCACAGCAAGCGACGAUGCGUAUGCUCCGAAAUUCUCGACGACGUGCCGGCCUUUACGUGCGAACAGAAGCUACAGUAAGCAAUAGCCAGACAGAUGGGCUUGAAGAUGAAGAUGAGAUACAACCGGUACAAGAUCGGGAUGAUGAAUCUUUUGAUCAAUACCUCACGCAUGCGCAUGAGGUGGUUAUGCGCCAAAACUUAAUACCUCACGAUGGGCUUGAGGAUGAAGAUGAGAUACAACCGGUACAAGAUCGGGAUGACGAAUCUUUUGAUCAAUACCUCACGCAUGCGCAUGAGGAGGAUAUGCGCCAAAACUCAAUACCUCACGGGACGAGAGCUUUUUCUGUAGGUGGCACGUCUGCGACUCGUAGGAAACGCACAGGCACACCGCAGAGAUCUCCGAAGAGAGCGAAGCGUUCAAGUCCAGCGCGAACCCCACGAGAGCGUUUUGGUGAUAUUGAAAGCAGAUUGAAUAACCAGGCUUCAAAAGAAGAAGACGAGAUAAUGCCUGCUCCAGCGAUCGCUCAGGGCGCUACAACUCGCUAG